AUAAAUUUGAGUUGUUAGGCACUUCCUGGUUCAAAUCACUGGUCAAGUGUACCAAAACAAAACAAAAAUAGGGUGAUCUCUGCAAGAAAAUUUUAAAAUGAAUAGACUAAUGACAACUUGAUAUUUAUCAAGCCACAUCUUAUAGUUGUGAAAAUGGCUGAAGCAGCAUACAAGGGAGGGAUAUAUGUUAGAUCAGAACAAGAUCAGGAUACUGGUUCAGAAGAUCCUUACCUCAAAGAAAUUCUUGAUGUUGUAUUUCAUCAUAAAGAAGAAGGAGCCACAGCUGCUGUGUAUGAAACAAGCAAGCCAACAGGUUUAAUGAAUUUACAGUAUUUCCUUGGCAGUGUUAUGGAAAGUCCUAAAUCUGAAAUCAAAGUAAAGAAAGGAAAUAAAGAAAACACAUCUGGAAGGAUUGGUCCUUCAGAAGUUGUGUUUGACUUCAGAUCUAAUGGCGGAAGUGGGAUAGUAGCUGUGGAGUCGCACAGACUUGAAGUCACAAGUUGUAGCAAUUUUAGUACCAUUCGAGCCAAUUGUUGUGUCUUCAAGGGUAAAUGGGUUUAUGAAGUAAUGUUAGGAUCAGAGGGAAUGAUGCAGAUUGGAUGGUGCACAAUUAAUUGUAAAUUUUUUCAUGAGGAAGGUGUAGGAGACACGGUUGAUUCAUAUGCUUUUGACGGGAACAGAGUCAGAAAAUGGAACAAAACAACACAGAGAUAUGGAGAGGCAUGGACCACAGGUGAUAUUAUAAGUUGUGCUAUUGAUUGUGAUGAAGGAACAGUUACCUUUUAUAGGAAUGGUAAAAAUAUGGGAAAAGCUUUUACGAAUAUAAAUCUUGGACCAGGAUAUGCAUAUUUCCCUGCGGUUAGUUUGGCAGCAUCAGAAAAUCUUAGAGCCAAUUUUGGAGCAACACCUCUCAGAUACCCUAUAGAAGGUUAUAGACCCUUACAGGACCCACCUACUGAUGAAAUAGCCAAAGCUUGGUAUCUGUUGGACUACCUGGAAAAUCUCCUCCCUUAUGUAAACUCAGGUGAUCAGUUUCCAGAUGACUCUUUGUUGAAAACAGAUGAUACAUCCCUUGGACAUCACCCUAGUAAAUCUUGUACAACCCUAUUAGUAGCAGCUCAUUUGUUUGACCAGCUGGCCCCAUUACUUAAAAAUGCCUAUAUAGUAGAACAGUGUCUGAUUAAGUUUUUAUUGAGAAUCAACAGCUAUGAUAAAGAGGAACAGUCACUUAUAUGUAACAUGUUUGAUCUAAUGUGGUCAUUAAUGCAGGAUUUUGAAAUAAAGGGCUGUAUGGAAAGUCUUUCAGUUUCACUUCUUUCCCUGUAUAGAUUUUCUCCAGCUUUACCAGACUUUAAAUACCAUAAAGAUUAUUUGAACUUGCUGUUAUCUAUUCUUCAUCAUCAACAAACCAGAAGAUAUUUAUUAAGUAAUGUAUUAUUUGAUAAAAUCAAAUUUGCCAUGUUUAUGCAUAUUAAAUCUCCAGACGAUAAACAGCUGUCAGAGUUUGUACCAGUAAUAUGGUUUGAUUUGGAAAAAGAUGUAGACAAGAGUAUAAAGGAGGAGAAUGAUAAGAAUAAACAGAAAUAUUUAAAGUCAUGUGACCAGCUACAGAAUUCAGUUCAAGAUGUUGAGAAGAUUCAGGUUGAAGUACUGAAAAAGUUGAUGAUCCACACAGAUGUGGUAGAGCAAAAAACCACCAGAAUCAUAUUUAUGGAAAAGUGCAGGAAGUUUUUUAAAGAAAACAGUGGACUAGGAAGGAUCCAGCAUGGCAGUUUAUGUCCAAGUUCAGUCAUACUAUGUAUGUUUCAUAGACUUAUACAGGCAGUUAGAUUUUGCUGGGAUAAAUUUCAAGAAGAAGAUCCUUGCAGAUUUGUUACAAGUUCAGAUGCUUAUAUACCAAUUCACCAGUUUUGGUCAGAAACCAUUGAUUACUUUGAGUUCCAGCGAUGUGGUGGUUUGAUUUCACAUGUAAACAGAAUGUUAGGAAGUGAGGUCAAUAAAGCACAAGGUCUUUCUGCUGCUGGUUCAGAACAAACUCUGUCUCUUAUGUCCUCUGUCGUCUCCAAACGAUCAGAUGAUUAUCCACCUUUAGAGAUGCCUAGUGGUAACAGUUUAAUGGAGUUAUUAGACGGCUUAGUUAUGAUGUAUCAUAUAGCAGCACACAAACAAUUAGGCAAGAGAUGUAACCUGAGAGACAACAUGAAAGAAUUUGUAGAAUCAUUACAAGACACACAAGAGAAAAUUAAUAAGUGUCCCCCUGAUGAGGAUGCUGGAAUUAGAGAAGAAUUAAACCGAGCUUAUAAAGUCUUUCUCAGUAAGAUAGAAGAGCAAUCCAGAAAAAUGGCCUGGGUUACAGCAGUAACAUAUUCUAAGACAAAGCGUAGUGAUAUAGAAUGGUUAUUGAAGGUUGUAUUACAGACAAUCAAGAGAGCAGCUGGCUAUAAACUAUUGUUCCAAUAUGUACCGGAGUACUACAUACUGACUGCCAUCAAUGCCUUUAAUGCCUUGUUUAACUUCUUCCAUCCAACAGUGCCUUUUGAAUCUCUUGAUAAUUACAACGAAACCCUCCAUAACUAUGCUUUAUUUAUAACCAGACAUUUUUCUGAUCAUCGAAUAUUAAAUCCAGAUGUGAGAGAAGAAGUGGUACAGGCCUUAGCUUGCUUUAUAUGUUAUCCAGAGUCUCUCAAAGUUCUAGAAAGCCUGCCAGAAGAAAAAACCAAAGAAAUGAUAGAGGCUUUAAUUACUCCCCAUGAGAACAGAUCUUUGUCACAGACAAAUUGGAUUCUAGUCAGAAUAUGGAAGGGCUGUGGCUUUAGGUUCAGAUUUACACAUUUACCUCACUUGGUGCCUUCUAAAGUUCAGACAGCUCAGUUUGGAUUUGCCAGUCUACAAAAACCACUGCCAUCCUAUGUGUUCCAAGAACUGAUAAGGAAAUUGUUACUUCAAGAUGGGGAAAGAUCAACAAAGUUUCUAGAUAUGAUACUGAACCAACUGAACUGGUCAUUCUCAGAGUUUAUAGGUCUGAUGCAGGAAAUCCAACAAAAAGUGACAUCUCCUGAGUUAGUUAUUCUGGAAAGUAGACAGCUAAAGAUUUGUGCCACCUGUUUUGAGAUAGCUGUAUGUUUGAUGAGAAUUAUAGAAAUGAUUGUCACCAAAGUGCCUGAAGUUUUCUUAGACCCUGCCUUGUCAUCAUCAGAACUUCUCCUGAAAAGACUUAUACAAGUAUUAUGUCAAAUAUUAAACAGAAUAACAGCCAGGAAUGGAAUAUUUGAAGGCGUUGUUUCAUUAUUUAUUCAAGGACUGCCAAAUGUUUCCUACUUCCCUAUAGCUGGAGCAAUGAUUGGUAUACUUAUACAGUUAGUCAUUAAAUCCAGUUCUGAAAGCAAACAGUCAGUACUGAGAUACCUGAUAUCAGAUCCUGGAUUUAAAGUACAAUCUUUAGAAUACCUGGUAGGGAAAUUAUCAUCAGAUACAAAGAAUGAUCAAGAUAUCUUGCUAGAAGAAAAGACAGAUGUGGAAGAGCUUACACAAUAUCUGAAAUUGAAUGAAAAUACUGAAUUCACACAACAUCAUGUGAAAGAAGAUGACUUGUGUACAAUCUGUUACUCUGAUCAGAUGUCCGUCAUGUUUGUUCCAUGUGGGCACCAGUCUUGUAGGAACUGUAUAAGUCACCAAAUGAUGAGUAAGAAAGAGUGCUUCUUUUGUAAAACAGCCAUUACUGAUGUCACAGACUUAACAGGUGCUUCAAUCUUAACAAAAUCAGGAAAAUCAGGAAAAUUAGGGGGAUCAGGAAAAUCAUAGAAAUGAUAUAUACUAAUUGUAAAUAGAUUUUCUUGAUUGUUAUUCAUGAAGUCAAUUAUUUUUAGUGAAAUUUAUCUAUUUAUCUAUUUAUUUUAUAGUUGUCCUUUGUAUCUAAUGAGAAGUAAUUUAAUUUGUUUACUGUUGCAAGUAGAAAUUCAAGUACUCUUUGCCAAAUUCACUAAAAAACCAUUAGCCUUAAAAUGGGCCAAAAAUAUGGGUUCAUUUGAAUGGACUCUCAUACUAGUGUUUCCUUUUUGAUUCAGUCUCAAAUCUCUUCUAGUUAAAAUUAAUAUCAAUUAGAUAUUACUAUUUUGACCAUUAUUUCAUUAUUGAGUGAUAAUGAUUAAAUGAAACAUAAAGAUGAUUAUCACUAUUUUGUGUAUUUUCCCUUUGAUCACUUUUUGUGAUAAUUAUACCCCUGCUUUAACCCGCUUUAAAAAAGGGGGGUAUACUGUUUUACCUCUGUCAGUCCGUCCGUCCGUCCGUCAGUCCGUCCGUCCGUCCCAUGAAUAUUUUUCGUCACAUUUUUCUCAGGAACUGCAAUACUAGGAUUUCUGAGAUUUGGUUUCAGUGUUUAUCUAAGUCAGCUAUACCGUGUGAUGUGUUUUCAGAUCGAUCACUUGACAACUUCCUGUUUACCGAACACUUGUAUGAUUUAACACAUGAUAGCCAAGUUGAAAAUUUUCGUCACACUUUUCUCAGGAACUACAAUACAAGGAUUUCUGAAAUUUGGUUUCAGGAUUUAUAUAAGUCAGCUAUAAAGUGUGAUGCGUUUUCAGAUUCAUCACUCGACAACUUCCUGUUUACCGAACACUUGCAUAUUUUUACACUAUUUAUUUUUUCGUCGCAUUUUUCUCAGGAACUACAAUACAAGUAUUUCUGAAAUUUGGUUUCAGGGUUUAUCUAAGUAAGCUAUACUGUGUGAUGCGUUUUCAGAUUGAUCACUUGACAACUUCUUGUUUACCGAACACUUGCAUAUUUUUACACUUCAUUUUUUCGUCGCAUUUUUCUCAGGAACUACAAUACAAGGAUUUCUGAAAUUUGGUUUCAGGGCUUAUCUAAGUCAGCUAUACCGUGUGAUGCAUUUUCAGAUUGAUCACUUGACAACUUCCUGUUUACCGAACACUUGUAUGAUUUUACACAUGAUAGCCAAGUUGAAAAUUUUCGUCACACUUUUCUCAGGAACUACAAUACAAGGAUUUCUGAAAUUUGGUAUAUCUAAGUCAGCUAUACAGUGUGAUGCGUUUUCAGAUUGAUCACUUGACAACUUCCUGUUUACCGAACACUUGUAUGAUUUUACACAUGAUAGCCAAGUUGAAAAUUUUCGUCACACUUUUCUCAGGAACUACAAUACAAGGAUUUCUGAAAUUUGGUUUCAGGAUUUAUAUAAGUCAGCUAUACCGUGUGAUGCGUUUUCAGAUUGAUCACUUGAGAACUUCCUGUUUAUCGAACACUUGCAUAUUUUUACACUAUUUAUAUUAUCCACUUGCGGCGGGGGUAUCAUCAGUGAGCAGUAGCUUGCAGUUUCACUUGUUUUUCAUAUCAUGCUGCUCGCUUGAAAUGGACAAAUUAUUGCUGGAAAACUAAGGAGGCACAUGGCGUUGCUAAAGAAAUUGACAUGAAAUUGACAGUUUUGUCAUAGGUGAAAUAGCGAUUUAUAAACAGAUUAUCAUUGGUCAUCUCAACUUGAUUGCUUUUCUAACUUUUGCUGUACUAGCUCAUGCGAGAAAAUCGAUCUAGUUGAGAUGAUCACAUAAUCUAUAAAUAUCUCAGAAACCUACUGUGUUAUAACAUAAAUCUCAAUUUUAAAACUAUGUAACAGCCAGAAGUUAAAAUUUUAGAUCAUUAUAACACCAUCUUUUUGCCACCUAAUCUGAAGAUUUCCGUUAUGGUUCAAGUGCAAGCUUUUUAGAUAGUUAUCUUCCGGCAGGGGUAUGUUUAUCUCAUACAAGCAAUUUUCCAUUAAGAUACUAUUGAUAGUGAUUUCAUAAACCCUUUUUCUCUAAAGUGAAUAUAUAUAUUAUAAAAUUAUCUAGUCAUAACCAGGGUUGUUUUAUUUAUAAUCGUUAUCAUCAAUAAAACCAUUAAGUGAUUUGCCAAAUGGAAUGUUUCUUUUUGAAUGUAUUAUGGCACACAUUCAAAGAAAGUUUCCUACGAAUAUUUAGACCAGGUUAUGGAUUAAUUGAUUCUUUGAGGAGACUGUUUUUUCACUGGUAAACAAAAAAGUGUUUUGUGUGUGUGAUACCUUCUGUUACAGAGAAAUGACUGUGAUAAAUUAUAUUAGUAGUUAACAAUAUUAUAUGUAAUAAUUAUAAUGUGUAUAUGGGUAACAUGAUAAAGGCCAUAUUUACACAUAUAUAUUUUGUACUCUUCGUCAUUUUGUUCAUUUUUUUUAUGAUAUAAAUUUGAAAGGUUGAGGACAAAAAAGAUGAAAAGAAAUCUGAUUUUUGUUGUUAGUCAGCUGAAUUUUCAACUUUGAAGUUUAUGAUUAAUUUAAGAAUGUAAUAAAAUGUGAAUUGAC